AUGAACAGUGAUUUGCACAAAAGAAGGAUCAGAUCUCUCUCAGUGAAUGAUCAGAAGCAACAAACCAAUCAGAAUGACAACCUAAGAGUAGAGACAAAUCAGAAGUUAUCAUCUGCCAUGAAAGCAAUGGAAGAUAAGUUCCUCAAAUUGAUCACUGAUAUUCAAGUCAAGAUGAUGGAUAGAGUAGAUGCUGUCAAAAAAGAAGCAGAAUCCAUUGAAAAAGAUACUAGGAAGAUGAAAAUUGAUAUUAAUAGAUGUGAAGAGAAAUUCACCCUAACCAGACAAGACGUCCUUAACUUGAAAGAUGAAGUCAGGAUUACAAUUAAAGAGUCUCAUUCUAGGGCAGGUAAAGAAAUCGAGAAAAUUGAUUCAAAAGUCAAUGAAUGAGUAACAUUAAUGGACUUUGAAACAUUCAAAAUCUCCCUCAAACACAACUAUGCAGUAAAGAAGGAAGUCAAGGAUAUCAGAACCGACUUCAUGAGUCUCAGCAAGAAGCUCAAAGAGAAUUACAUGGACCUAAAUCAGCUUGACUAUCUCAAAAUGAAGAUCCAAAAGGAAAACCAAGCAGAAGUUGCAAGAUGUGCUAAGAAAGAGGAGUUCCUGACUCACAUAAACAAUUAUGAAGCCUUUCUGAAUAAUUUCCAGAAGCACAAGACUCUCAUGCUUGAAGAAAUUGGACAUUUAAAAUAACGGUGAACGAAACCUCAAAACUAUUCUAGACACAAAGGCUAGCCUCCAGGAUGUGGAUGAGAUCUACAUCAAGUUUGAAGACUACGGUACAAAUUCUGCGUUCCAAGAACUUCGUGAGAAGGUGAUUCCACCUGUGAAGUCCUUCGAAAGUGACAUCCUUAAGUUCAGAGAACAAAAUCUUCAGCACAGGGAGAUUAUCUUCAGAUUUGAUGAAGUAAUCACAACUAAGGCAUCUAAAAUGGACUUGAAGAACCUUGAGACGAAGAUUGGCAAGACUUUUAUUGACCGAAAACAAUUUUCUGCCUAUCAAUCACAAACAAAGACCGAGAUCGAGGAGCAUUAUGAUUACCUUAUUAAACUUGAAGAUGCAAUGGACCUGCUCAAUCAUGAACUGAACAAAGAGAUCUAUCAAGCAGUGAGGAGAGCCACUCUUCCACUAACUAAAGCAGUGAUGAUCGGCAAGGAGCUCCAAGAAGAAGAGGAUCCUGCUGCAAAGGAUCAGAUGAUCCUUUCCAUCAUGAAAAUCUUGGAGGAUCGCCAGGAAAAGAUCACUCUUGAGAAGCAACGAAAGUUGAAGUCAAGCCAAUCCAGAAGAACACCAGCUUCAAACAGAGGCCUGAGAAGCUUCAUUAAGGUGGAUAAGCAGUGGAAACACUUUAUGAAGCAGAAAUCUCCAAAGCCUGAUGAUCGUUCUGUGAGAAAUCGAUCAUCAAGUAAAAUAUUCAUUGACUCAUCAGAUCCAAACCUUAGAAAGAAUAAGCCAUUCAGCCCUCAGAGACCACAGAUCCUCCAACUGAUGCCAGUGCCUCUCUCACAAAGAAAUCUGAGACAGAACAGAUUGCCUGAAUUUGGGCCAAAGUAGCUUGAAACUAUCUU